GGCUGCGGGGGGGGGGGCAGGCCCGGCCCCCCACAUUCCACAGCCCCCACGCCUCCCACUUCCUUUCCCACAGCCCCCCCGUUUCCUGUUGUGCGUGUGGAGGGGCGGUGGAGCCCCCUGGGUCCCCGCUCACCCCUCCUCCUCCUCGGGGCCUUUCAUCACGCUUUCCCAAAUAUUUGUCCUGGCAGAUAAGUGCCUGGUAUCGGAGCUGUCACCGGAGGACGAGCCGUCGGAGCGGGCAGGCCCCGGACUCCGGCCCGGCGUCCCCACGCCCCUGCACACCCAGGGAAACGAAGGCCCAGGGGCGCAGAGGACUCGGCCAAGGCCACGCGAUGGGCACCGUGCGGCCUCCAGGCGCCAUGCCGGCUCGGUGGCUCCCGGGCCGGCUGCUGUGGCUGCCCCUGCUGUGGCUGCUGGGGCCGCGGAGCUCCCGGGGCCUGGUCACGGCGCCCCCGGGCCCGGAGCUGGUGGUCAACGCCUCGAGCACCGUGGUCCUGCGGUGCUGGGGCUCCGCGCCGGUGGUGUGGGAGCGCCUGGCCGGGGUGCCCCCCCAGCGGCUCUCCCGGACGCGGGACGGCGCCUUCUCCAGCACGCUCACCCUGGCCAACGCCACGGGCCUGGACACCGGGGAGUACUUCUGCGCCUACAACGGCUCCGCGGGGCCGGAGUCGGGGGACCGGAGGCGCCUCUACGUGUUCGUGCCAGAUCCCGCCGUGGUCUUCCUGCCUCAGAACUCGGACGACCUGUUCAUCUUUCUCAUGGAAGUCGCCGAGACUACCAUCCCCUGCCGGGUGACAGAUCCGCACCUGGAGGUGACACUGCACGAGAAGAAGGUGGACACGCCCCUGCCUGUCCCUUACGACCACCAGCGAGGCUUCUCUGGCAUCUUUGAGGACAAGACCUACAUCUGUAAAACCACCGUCGAGGACAGGGAAGUGGAGUCGGAUGCCUACUACAUCUACAGCCUGCAGGUGUCGUCCAUCAACGUCUCGGUGAGCGCGGUGCAGACGGUGGUCCGUCAGGGCGAGAACAUCACCAUCCUGUGCAUCGUGACCGGGACGGAGGUGGUCAACUUCGAGUGGACAUACCCUCGCCUGGAGAGCGGGCGGAAGAUAGAGCCGGUGACGGACUUCCUCCUGGACCUGCCCUUCCACAUCCGCUCCAUCCUGCACGUCCCCAGCGCGGAACUGGGGGACUCGGGGCUCUACACCUGCAACGUGUCGGAGAGCGUCACGGAGCACGGGGACGAGAAGGCGGUCAACGUCACCGUGCUCGAGGUCGGCUACGUGAGGCUGCGGGAGGAGGUGAACCCCGUGGAGGUGGCCGAGCUGCACCAGAGCCGAACACUGCAGGUGAUGUUCGAAGCCUAUCCGCCACCCUCUGUCCUGUGGCUCAAGGACAACCACACCCUGGGCGACUCCAGCGCCGGCGAGAUCAUCCUGUCCACUCGCAACGUGUCGGAGACCUGGUACGUGUCGGAACUGACGCUCGUGCGCGUGAAGGUGGAAGAGGCCGGCUACUACACCAUGGUGGUCUUCCACGAGGACGCUGAGGCCCAGCUCUCCUUCAGGCUGCAGGUCAAUGUCCCCGUCCGCAUGCUGGAGUUGAGCGAGAGCCACCCGGCCAACGGGGAACAGCGAGUCCGCUGUCGAGGCCGCGGCAUGCCCCAGCCCAAUGUCACCUGGUCCAUCUGCAGGGACUUCAAAAGGUGCCCCCGUGAGCUGCCCCCCGCCCCCCUGGGGAACGGCUCCGAGGGGGAGAGCCAGCUGGAGACCAACGUGAGCUACCUGGCGGAGGAGAAGGAGUACGAGGUGGUGAGCACCCUGCGCCUGCGCCACGUGGCGCAGCCCCUGUCGGUGCGCUGCGUGCUGCAGAACCCGCUGGGCCGGGACGCGCAGGAGGUCACCGUGGUGCCGCACCCCCUGCCCUUCAAGGUGGUGGUCAUCUCAGCCAUCCUGGCCCUGGUGGUCCUGACCGUCAUCUCCCUCAUCAUCCUCAUCAUGCUGUGGCAGAAGAAGCCGCGCUACGAGAUCCGGUGGAAGGUGAUCGAGUCCGUCAGCUCCGACGGUCACGAGUACAUCUACGUGGACCCCAUGCAGCUGCCCUACGACUCCACGUGGGAGCUCCCGAGGGACCGGCUGGUGCUGGGUCGGACGCUCGGCUCCGGGGCCUUCGGGCAGGUGGUGGAGGCCACGGCUCACGGCCUGAGCCACUCGCAGGCCACCAUGAAGGUGGCUGUCAAGAUGCUCAAAUCCUCGGCCCGCAGCAGUGAGAAGCAAGCCCUCAUGUCUGAGCUGAAGAUCAUGAGUCACCUCGGGCCCCACCUGAACGUGGUCAACCUGCUGGGGGCCUGCACCAAAGGAGGACCCAUCUACAUCAUCACGGAGUACUGCCGCUACGGCGACCUGGUGGACUACCUGCACCGCAACAAGUACACCUUCCUGCAGCACCACGCCGACAAGCCCCGCCCGGCCGGCCCCGAGCUCUACAGCGGCGCCCUGCCCACGGCGCCCCCCCUGCCCAGCCCUGUGUCCCUGAGCGGGGAGAGCGAUGGCGGCUACAUGGACAUGAGCAGGGAUGAGUCCGUGGACUAUGUGCCCAUGCUGGCCAUGAAAGGAGACGUCAGAUACGCGGACAUCGAGGCCUCUGACUACAUGGCUUCUUACGACAACUACCGCCCCUCGGCCCCCGAGAGAGCGACCCUGAUCAACGAGUCCCCCGUGCUGAGCUACACGGACCUGGUGGGCUUCAGCUACCAGGUGGCCAACGGCAUGGAGUUCCUGGCCUCCAAGAACUGUGUCCACCGCGACCUGGCGGCCAGGAACGUGCUCAUCUGCGAGGGCAAGCUCGUCAAGAUCUGCGACUUCGGCCUGGCUCGAGACAUCAUGAGGGACUCGAACUACAUCUCCAAGGGCAGCACCUUCCUGCCUCUCAAGUGGAUGGCGCCCGAGAGCAUCUUCAACAGCCUGUACACCACGCUGAGCGACGUGUGGUCCUUCGGGGUCCUCCUGUGGGAGAUCUUCACGCUGGGCGGCACGCCCUACCCGGAGCUGCCCAUGAACGAGCAAUUCUACAACGCCAUCAAGAGGGGCUACCGCAUGGCGCAGCCCCCGCAUGCCCCCGACGAAAUCUACGAGAUCAUGCAGAAGUGCUGGGAAGAGAAGUUUGAGAUCCGGCCCCCCUUCUCCCAGCUCGUGCUGCUUCUCGAGAGACUUCUGGGAGAGGGUUACAAAAAGAAGUACCAGCAGGUGGAUGAGGAGUUUCUGAGGAGCGACCACCCGGCCAUCCUCCGCUCCCAAGCCCGCUUCCCGGGCUUCCAGGGCCUCCGGCCGCCGCUGGACACCAGCUCUGUGCUCUACACCGCCGUGCAGCCCAACGGGGCCGACAACGACUACAUCAUCCCCCUCCCCGACCCCAAGCCCGAGCUCGCCCGCCAGCGCCCGGUGGAGGGCUCCCCCAGCCUGGCCAGCUCCACGCUGAACGAGGCCAACACCGCCUCCACCAUCUCCUGCGACGGCCCCCUGGACCCGCAGGAGGAGCCGGGGCCCCCGGCCGCCGAGCCCCCGCCCGACCCUCCGCGGCGCCCCGACUCCCGCGGCCCCCCGCCGCCGGCCGACGUCGAGGACAGCUUCCUGUAGCGGCCGCCCCCCUCCCCGCCGCCCCCGACACCCUCGACGCCACCGCGCGCACCCCACACCCCGGGGACGGUGUGGGGGCCGGAGGACGGCCGGGGCCACGGCCAGACGGCGCCCCCGCCGCGGUGCUCCCCAGACACAAGAUGACCCAUGGGACGCUCCCCGGCCGCCGGGUGGGGGAGCCCUCCCCAAACACACCGGGGACCCCGCAGCCCCGGCUCCCGGCGGAGCUGGCCCUGGACAGCGAGCUCCAUCCGCAGGCCUCCCCCCG